AUGACUUCUGGGCUUUAUCGAGAUUACUACUUUAUAAAUGGAAGAUUGUCAUGGCCAGAGGCUCAGAGUUACUGCAGAGCGAAGUACACUGAUCUGGCUACUGUAGAGAGCAUGGAUGAUGUGAACAGGCUGGUAAGUUCAGUGGGUGCUGGAUACAGUGGAUCAGUGUGGAUUGGACUGAAGAGGGUAACACAGAAACGUUGGGGCUGGUCUUAUGGAGAUGACACAAUCGCACAGUACACUGCUUGGCAAAAUGGAGAACCAUCGAGUACAAAUGAAUGUGGCUUCUUGGCUUACGGAAACUGGCGUACUUAUAAAUGCUCAGAUUUGAUUUACUUUGCAUGCUACAAUGGCACUGGAUACACCAUGUUAACUAUGUGGAUGAAUUGGACCGAUGCUCAAAGCUACUGCAGACAGCAUUACAUAGACCUGCCCACAAUCCACAACUCUGCAGAACUGACGCAGAUAAACAGUGCCGUUUCAUUUAGUGCGUGGCUUUGGAUUGGUCUGUUCAAGGACUCCUGGGAAUGGUCUGACAAAUGGGACUGGUUCUUCAGAUUCUGGGCAGCAGGUCAACCAUCCCAGAGUGCAGGAUCUGGUGACUGUGCCGGCAUGUCAUUGACUAAAUCUGGCAAAUGGGCUUCAUACAGCUGUAGCCUACAGCAGCCUUUUAUCUGCUAUGGAGGCACAACGUUUCCUUACAUCUACCAGUACAUGAAUGAAAGCAUGACAUGGCAAGAUGCUCAGAGUUAUUGCAGGGCGAGAUUCACUGAUCUGGCUACUGUAGACACCAUGGAUGAUUUGAACAGUCUGAUAAAUACAGUGGAUCCUGCAUACAGUGGUUCAGUGUGGAUAGGUCUCCAAAAUGGAGCAGAAAAACGCUGGAUCUGGUCUAUGGGCAAUGGCGUACUGUCCAACUACAGUUUCUGGAAUCCAGGAGAACCGAAUGGAGAUGGGGAUUGUGUGUUCAGUACUUAUGGAAACUGGUCUGAUGAGAGCUGCAGCACUGUUCUCCCAUUUUUGUGUUUCAAUGACAGCACUGGGUUUACAAUUAUUAAUACUGCUCUGACAUGGAGAGAUGCCCAGAGUUACUGCAGACAAUACCACACUGAUCUGGCGAGUAUCAACAGCGUAGAGCAGCAGCAAAUGAUCAGUACUCAGUCAUCGCUCUGGAUCGGCCUUUUCCUCGACUCUUGGGGGUGGUCUGAUCAGGGUAAUCACAGUUUCAGAUACUGGGCUCCUGAUCAACCACCCCUAAGUUCAGUAUCUGGUGACUGUGCCGGUCUGUCGACAGCUGAUUCUGGGAAAUGGGCUCAAUACAGCUGUAAUUUACAACAGAAUUUUAUCUGCUACGGAGAUGACAGGUUCAUUAAAAAACAGAUUGUUCAAAUAAAAUUGUCCUGUAAAGAUAAAUGCACACUGAAUGACCCCACAAUACAGACAGUCUUUCUAAAUGAGAUUAAUGAGAAGCUGAGGAGCUUGGGACUGGAAAGUGAGGGCAAAAUAAGCUGGAAACAGAGUGAAGAUGAAGAGGUGUUUCACGAGGAGACUAUCCUGCCAAUUAAUUAAUUAUUGAAUGUAAUGGCCAGCAUUAAUCUGUGUACCUCACUGACUUUGAAACCGAUUCAAAGAUUAAAAGUUGAAAUAUUAACUUCAUUGUUCAUAGGAAGUAGAAAGUUGUAUCAAUGAAAUGAAACUGAUUUGAACUACAAAUAGUUUUAUUUCUACAAUAUUGUAACUCUCUUAAAUGUAAAUUUUUGUAACUUAAAAUAACAAUUAAAAAGGUCAAAAAAUCUAAA